GCAUUACGGGUCAUAUGGUAGCCCGUACGAUAUCAGCUGUUGGGCAACUAACACGAGCCUUUUCGUCUUGCUUUUCGUGAGCAUUCGUGAGUGGUGUCGUGUUGCAGGCGUCUGACGGCAUAUUGCGGUCGGAUAAUAAACCUGCCACGAUGGCUGACUUAGAGGGAUUUUUCGCAAAGAAGGACAAGAAAAAAUCGAAGCCGAAAAAGUUUGUUCCAGAAGAAAUGGCUCAGAAACUCGAGGAAGCGGAGCAAAAGCAAAAAGAGAAGGAGAGACGCGAGGAACUUGAAAGGGAACGAAUGAGAGAGGAACAGCUGGCAAAGGAUGACCCCAACCACAAAAAGGAGCCGGUGGAUGAGUGGCAGGAGGAGGAAGAGGUCCAGGUGGACCUCUCUGCACUCAACAUUAAGGACCUGCCUCAGCAGGAGGAGGAGAGGGAAGGUGCUGGACAGGCCCUGGAUGCCGACGGCAAUCCAACUGCUGCCCAGACUGGUGUCUGGAACCGCAACAAGGACAAAGGCACGCGCGACUCGUCACCAGAGCCGGAGCCGGAGCCGGUGAAGCCGGCGGCACCGGUGGCGCCCGCCCCGGAGCCCCCGAAGACGGGCGGCGGCGGCUACGUGCCGCCCCACCGGCGAAACCUGCCGCCGGGCUCGGAGCCGGCGCCGUCGAGCGGCGGACUGCAGCCCAUCCGGCUCAGCGCCACGCGCAGCUGGCACAGCAAGAAGGCGCCCGACAUCAGCAGCGACGAGGCGUUCCCCACGCUCGGCUCGGCCGUGGAGGAGACGGCGCGCGGCGCCUGGGGCCAGCGCGGCGGAGCGAGGGCCGGUGGUCAGGACUUCCAGCGGGUUCGGCAUGGCAACACAACGUCACAGGAAUCACGGUCGCAGGCGCCCAAACUCAGCCUAGGAAACCAAUUCGACGCGCUACAGAGCAAUGACUCCUAACGCUGACUAGUGAACGGUGGAGAUGUAAUUGGUGGCACUGGUGACGCGGUCCACGGGACCAGGCCGGCGCCGCUCAGAGGGGCUGCUCGCGCGGCUGCACGUGACGCCGUCGGGCGUGUGAUAUGAUAGGGCCGCCGCGUAGCUUGCUCCAGGCUUAACAGUUCUUCAGAUCUGUAUCCAUGCAAGCAGCGAUGGAGAUUCCGGGCGCGGACGUACUACGCUGACUACAAAGCCUGUUAUCGUAAUAAAAUUCCCGUUUUAUGUGGACA